CACCAUGAAGGACGCGCUGGAAGCGAGCCAGGCGCCCGUCAUCUUCUCACACUCCGCCGUCUACGCGCUCUGCAACAGCUCCAGCAACGUGCCCGACGACGUACUGAGGUCCUUGGCGACGAACGGCGGAGUGGUAAUGCUGAGCCUGUACCCGUAUUUCAUCACCUGCAGCGCGGCCGCCAACAUCACUGACGUCAUUGCGCACAUAAACCACGUGCGUGACGUCGCUGGGGUGGACCACGUGGGCCUGGGUGCUGGUUUUGACGGCAUCAGCCACACGACGACGGGACUGGAGGACGUGUCGAGGUACCCGCAGCUUUUGGCCGCACUGCUGGAAGACCCGUCCUGGAGUGAAGAUGACGUCAAGAGGCUAGCAGGACUCAACCUUCUCAGGGUCUUCCGCCAGGUCGAGCAGGUGCGAGAUAAAUGGCGGUUGGCAGCCGUGACGCCGGGAGAGGAUUUCAUCUCCAGUGCCAACCUGGAGGGCGCGGCCGGCAACUGCACUUACGUGGGCUCCUGACCGCGGGGCACUGCGACACUUCCCCGGCCGGCAGGCGCACGCCCAUCCGACGGCUUCCUCUCUGCUCUUCUUCUCUUCGAGCUGUGGUUACGGCGUGGGACUCUGCUAGCUCCCAAGAAAUACAAAACUUGGUGAAAGGAGACCUGCAAAAGUUGGCGAACGCAAGAGUCACCGAUGGUACUGUAGAGCGAGCUGAGACACAAGCGACGUUUUUGGAAGAAGACGAUUGUGAUACUUAAGCCUAACAAGAAAAGAGAAAGCUUUACAGGUUUUCUUCACUGCUGUGAUGCAGAUAGUGCUGUUGCAGAGGAGCAUUUGGUGGAUUGUCGAUGGUGCUUCAGGACGGCUUUGGCAUUGCAUGUAAAUGUAUUGUGAUAACUCUCAGAGCCGGUGCUCUUGUUAAUGCUUUGUUAAAUAACUUACAGCGAUAUAUUUUAAAGUAAAGUAAAAUUCCCUACAGUUUCCUAAGGUUCAGGUCGACAGGCAUUGUUAAUUCGAAAAAUUUCCCUAUUAAAAUUCCUUCAAUUCCAUACUCGCAGCAGGGCAUCAAGUGUAUUACUUCAGCGAACGCUUUAGCUUUGAGAUCAGUAAACGUAAGCUGUCGGCGUAGUUAAAAAAGGAAAUCCUCAAUAAAUCGACGGAGGUAAAAGUUAAAAGGUGUCAGGUAAAUUUCUACAACGUGUUUAGUUUGAGGUAUCUAAUUACCUAGCAACCAAGGGCUCAGAUAAUCCAGAAGUUUUCAAUGAAGUAUGGUAGUAUUACACCCUCUUCGUUAUCCAACCGGUUUAAAAUUUCUGUAGAAGACCUCUUGCAAAAGACAUAACGAGUAUCUAUAAUGUUUAGUUUUUGCACAAUUAUUCAUCUGCGUUAUGCAAGAUGCAAAUAUUUACUCAGUUGGUGCCAAGUAGUCGAAUAUGAAUAUCAGUCCUACUCUGUCGAACCGUUAUUGAAAUCGUGUGAAAAUUGCAAACGACCUAUGAAUUUCUUACGCAUUCCUGGUCAGCUUGUCUGAACAAACCACUCUUGUCUCUCGAUGGCGAUAGUUCUAUUGGACAGAAUCGACUUUGCAC